AUGACUACCCCCCGGAGCGACCUGAAGAACAUGGAGCACAGCGCUGACUAUUUCCUCAGUGGAGGAGAUUUGUAUAUCUUGGUCGGGGGCGUCCUUUUCCGGGUCCAUUCGUUCUUCUUUGAGAGGGACUCGGCCAAAUUCCGCGACAUCCUAAGCACUCCUGUCUCCCCGAGUCAAACACGCCCCGGGUCGACGGACUCCAAGCCCAUGAUGAUGAUGAACUGCAGCUCAUCGGACUUCUCCAAAUUUCUUUGGGUCUUUUACAACCCUAAAUACUCGAUCUACAACGCUACCCCCGCGGAAUGGAUCGGUAUCCUCAAGAUCGCGCACGAAUAUGAAUUUUUGGAAGUCAAGAACCUCGCCAUUCGCGGCCUCGACACAUCCGACCUCACCGUCGUCCAAAGGAUCCGGAUAUACGAGACCUACCAGGCAGAUACCAUGUACCUUCUCCCUCUCUACGCGACGAUGUGUAUGAGAGAAGAUGGUCCGACCGACGACGAGACAGAGGAGAUGGGUAUGAAGACCUCCUUGAUGAUCUUCCGCGCACGGGAGCGCCUCCGGGCGGAUGGCAGCAAGAGCCCUCUCCCUAGUGGCAUCGACGAGAGUGAGGUAUUUAGGAUGCUUUACUCUUUCCUUGGAGUCAAUCCUGCACCCAGCAACACGAAUACCAGCAACACCGGUGAGGUGAUUCCCGUGUGGGCUGCUCCCUUUUCGUUGCUGACUCUUUCUGUCAUCAUUCCGAAUCUGUUAGGUGCGUCUUCGGCGAACGCGAACGGACGCCAUGACCCUCAGGACGCCAACGGGAAGAAGAAGGCCAAGACCAAUGGCCCUCGCGAUCGAUCCAACUCUCAUACUGGGGACGGCGCCGGAAUUGGCGACCAAUUCUUCGGCCCCGGGUUCAGCGAUCCGUCGGCUAAGUCUCGACGCAACGGGAAGACGUGA